AUGAAGAGACUUAUGUCCAUGGAAUCUCUUCGAAAACGUCAACACGGUCACAGUGCUAGUAUUCACUCGAAUCACUCAUCGGCUUCCCUCGUCGGCGCACAAAACGUUGCUAUCCGGCAAUCUCCACCAACUACAUACCAAAACGACAAGUACAUGAUACCGGUCAUCGACGUUCGACCUGGCGCCGACGACUAUUCGCAUUCUCAGGAGCUUGCUGGCGACGAUUUGCUCGUUCGGCGGAUAGAUGAUCAUCAGGUGGGCCCAAAGCCCCGCGGCCACAAGUCGCGCCCACUUCCUGUGCCAAAUUCUCAGUCGCCAAACGCGAAUCCUUCUGGAACCGCCAUCAAUCCCUUUCAUAUUUCGCUUUCCGUCAGCAGAAAGCGAAGGCCGCUUCCUCAACCGAACCAGAUGGGAAGCUCUCCUUACUCUUCAUCAGGUUCUUCCCAUGCCCACUCACACUCGGGAUCGUCGAAUAUGACCAAUCACUCGCAUGUUCAUGGUGUACAGACGGUGUAUUCCGACUCGUCUUCGCUGCAUGUCCCAAGGUCCUCUCCUGCGCACUCGACAACAUUCCCACAAGUUCGAAAAAAUGAGAGACAAGACGAACGUGGACGUACACCUGGUGCUACAACGACAUCUCCACCACUUCUCCCGCCGUUGGAUUUUGGCUCCACUGAAUCCCUCUUCAACGGCCAUACCCCUCGGUUUUCCGUUCUCUUUCCCCCAAAUCUACUCGAAGCGCGCGUAUUACCAGACGUCCCCUCCUCAGCGCCGGCAGUACAUAUGGUCUUUAAUGUUCCUCCACCGCCCUCCCAUCCGCCCCCUGUCAUCCCACCGCGGUCCGAAGCACGCAAACGCACGCCGUCUCCUCUACGCACACAAACCAACCUCACAUCUCAUCAACGACCAGUGGUCGUCAAUCGCGAUGCAAGGGUUGACUCCUUGAUCGCGCCGCCUCUCAAUUUUGACCCGCGGCACGCAAGCGUACUACAGAGUCCGACACCUGGGAUGGUACAUUUGGUCGUUCCAGAGAGCGUGCAACAUCGAUUCGGCAGCUCGUUUUACACUGCUACUCCAGUAAACGCUUCCAAUGUUGCGAAGCCUGUUUCAGACUCGACUCUUCUUGCCCCGCCUUUGACCACGCCGUCGUCUGGUCAUCCUUCUACUCCGUCCUCGUACACUGCCGUCACGGAUGCGCGCCAUUCAGGUGCGACCAAGGCAGAGAGAGAGAGUAGGAGUCGAGAGCGUCCGGCAUUGACGGUGCGAACGUGGGAUCUUGGCAAGAGCGGCAAGGAUAAGCCCAUCGAGCCCGUCGAACAUGUCCCCGUUCCAAAUUUUCCUGCUGCACCAAUGUAUAUCAAGGAUGAGAUUCAGAUCGAGAAGGAGAGGGCACAGACCCUCUUCGUUCAGAAUCGAUCUGCAUUGGAGUCUGUUACUACCCUCUCUCGGACUACUUCGGCCCACAGCGCCACCAUCUCGCGUUCGAAUACAGCCAACGUAAAGGCCCCAGCACCGACACAGCCAUUGGUAUCGCAACCACAAUAUCGGGCCGGAGAAACGAUUAUGCCAGAGUUGGAGGAUUCGGAAAUCCUUGCGGAGUCUGCGAGGGUCGCUACGGAUGCACGGAAGAAGCCGAGUGGGGAGGGUGAGCGCGGCAGACCUGUUCGACGACAGCUCCCGAUCCCGCCAACGGCGAUUCCGUCUACGUUACCCCAACAAAAUGGUAACAGCGGCGGGGUUCCUUCGAAUCCAGUUCCUACUUCUGCUGCUAGGGCACCUCCGCAAGAAAAAGAAAAGACGCAAGUGUCAGACGUCGUGAUGGUGCAGCUCAAGAAGAUGCGCAUGGGUCGUCGCAAAUCGAAGAGUAUCAGCGGAUGGUCGUCCGUUAAUCCAUUUUCUUCGUCCAACACCAGUCUUUCCUCCAACGCAUCGGCUGGAGGUGCAUUCUCCUCUCUUCGACGCGACCGCACCGCACCGCAACAUGAAUCACGACCCUCGUUUUCCUCUGCAUUCGCAUCAUUUGGAAAACGUCCUGCGAAUCCAUACUACGAACACGCUCGACAACCGCACUCUGCGUCCUCUUCCCGCUCAUCCUUUUCGAAUCUCAGUCUUUCGUACAUUACCUCCAAGAUUCGCUCGCGCAGUCAAAGUUCGGCACGGGAUCCGUAUGAUUUCAGCCAGCCUCCACAUGUCCAGGGGCAAGGUCGCGUUAUAGGCGGGAGUGCGGUGAUUUUUGCCAACUCGGGUAUGGGCGACGCAUCGCGUGGGUCUGUGUGGGAGCAGAUUGCGGCUAGUUCGAGUAACGUCAACUUGCCUCUAGGUGCUGGACAACCCGAGACGAUGGGUAAGCCGCGGGAGGAGGAUGCGAUUGCGAGGUGGCAAGAGGGUACGCCGAUGGAGCAGACGUUUUAUUAUGCGCCGCCUCCGCCCGCACUUGUCCCACUUGGAGAGUCGAAUCGAGGAGCCAAGCCUGUGAGCGCGUUGUGGACAAAGUUGAGGACGAAAAAGGCGGACCGGUAA